CCUACAGAGCAGCCGGUUGAGGAUGGACGCUAGCAGUCUGGUCGUGUUCACUACAGUCAUCCUCUGUCUCAACUAUGGACACUCAACAGCCAAACACCAGUCGGAAGAGACAGUCGGGGUCGUAAUAAACAAGCUGGAACAACUGCUACGAGAUGUGUCCAGUCUACAACACUCGAUGGACCAGUUGGACGCUAAUAUUCAGAGUUCCCUACCAACAGACGACUGUUCCCUUGGAGUGGACAAGAACUGUCACCCUAUGUAUAUCCUCAGUCAGAUGUGGCUCAAGAAUCACUUGUCCAAUCCCUACAGGUCGCCGGGCAAGCGGUCAGUGAGGGAUACCUCCAGCGUGAUGGGGCACUCUCGGACAACAAGAUCGGUAGAGGAUCUCUACAGAAAAAGAUACAUGCUUAGGUCGCUACGUGCCGUUCUGGCCAACACCCAGCGGGUUAUUAAGGCUGAGAGGAAGAGAUCGUGCAACUUGAACCUGGGGUUCCACUGCCAGACCGACGAAUACUCCUCCAUAGCCGACCUGUACGACUUCCUCUCCAGCGACAUCAGCCCUGGCAAGAGGAAGAGAACAGUGGGCGACUCUCUCAACACAUCGUGAAAUGUCGACGGGGGGUCGGGUGUAUACCAGCAGGGAAACAAGAUGAGCAACUUUACAGACCACUACCUGUCACGUGACGUAUUUUGUACAGAUAAAAACAGGUUGUUUCACUUUUCGACAAGUAUGUAAUCCAAUUGUGAAAUAAAUUGAACUGGAAGUGGAA